AUGCGGACUGUUUUCGACAAGUUUGGCGUGGAUUGGAACCAGCGGUAUGGCAAUGAUGACCUGGAGCUUCCGGUUCCUGCAACUUUCCUUGUUGAUAAGAAGGGAAUUGUACGCAAUUCCUUUUUGGAUCCUGAAUACCAUCCCCGAUUGGAUCCUGAGACUGCUCUUCAGUGGAUUGACCAGCUUUGA